UCGAUAAAAAGUUGUUCUUUUUCUUCACAAACACUGCAUCUCACUCGUGCCAGAGCCAUUGUAUAUUAUUUGGGACUUUCUUGGUUGAUAGACUAUUUCUACCUGGUGCUCGGGACAUUUCGGAUUGUAGCGCUUCGUUCUCCUCUUUCCCAACAUUCUUUGAGUGACGUCUUCCACACUUGCUGAGUCCUUCCCCGCACACGCAACCCACAUGGAUCGCGAACAGUUCAGAACAGCAGCCUACGCUGCAGUGGAUGAGAUCAUCAACUACUUCGAUGGCCUCCCCUUUCAGCGUGUCCUCCCCACCGUCGAACCGGGCUACCUCCGUCCCCUGAUUCCCAAGGACCCUCCGGAAGACCCAGAAGAAUGGUCUCAAAUCCAGGCCGACAUUGAGGAGAAGAUCAAACCUGGCCUUACACACUGGCAGUCGCCUAACUUCAUGGCCUUCUUCCCGGCCGGAGUCACCUACCCCAGCAUCCUGGGUGAGAUGUAUUCGGCCGCAUUCACCGCCCCGGCAUUCAACUGGCUCUGCUCGCCGGUCUGCACGGAGCUGGAGACCAUUGUGAUGGACUGGCUUGCCAAGGCCCUGGCGCUCCCAGAGUGCUUUCUGAGUACCUCGGAAAACCGCGGCGGCGGGGUCAUCCAGGUGACCGCCAGUGAUACCGUGGCGACAAUGAUGAUCGCAGCGCGUGAGCGGCGCGUGACGGAGCAGGUCGUGGCAGAAGGACUGAAGCCGGAUACCAUUGAGUACGAGGAUCGCAUGAUGGAGCUGCGGCCUCGGUUGGUGGCGUUGGCCAGCAAUCAGGCGCACAGCAGCACGGCCAAGGGCUCCCUGCUGGCCGGCACCCGCUUCCGCAGCGUCACCGCCCGGUUGGAGGAUAACCUGGAGAUGACGGCGGCAGGACUGCGCGAGGUGCUUGAGCAGUGUGACCGGGACGGUUUGACGCCUUACUUCAUCACGCUGGGCAUGGGAACCACCAACACGUGUGCCUUGGACCGGUUCGCGGAAAUCAAGGCGCUGCUGCGCGAGAAGCCCCAUUGGCAGAGGAUCUGGGUUCAUAUUGAUGCGGCAUACGCGGGCGCGGCCCUCGUGGCGGACGAGUGGCAGUACAUCGCGAAGGACUUUGCUGAGGGCGUGGACAGCUUCAACAUGAAUAUGCACAAGUGGUUGCUUGUCAACUUUGAUGCGAGCUGUCUGUUCGUUCGUAAUCGAUACGACCUUACCAACGCCCUCGAUAUGACGCCCGCAUACCUUCGGAACCCCUAUUCCGACUCCGGCAAAGUGACCGAUUACCGCAACUGGUCCAUGUCCUUGGGCCGUCGAUUCAGGGCGUUGAAGAUCUGGUUCGUGAUGCGCAGCUACGGCCUCAACGGAAUGAAGGACUACAUUCGCAAGUCCAUCGGCAUCGGCGAGGUAUUUGCCGAUUUGAUCCGCAGCCGCCCAGACAUGUUUGAGCUGAUGACCAAGCCGGCAUUUGCGCUGACUGUGUUUCGCAUCAAGAGUCCUAAGGCUGCUGUUACUGAUGGCGCUUCCGUUCUGCAGCCAGAUGAGGCGUCAAAUGCGCUGACGAAGGAGGUCUACGAGCUGAUCAACUCGCGUGGAGAGAUAUUUAUUACUUCAACCGUUAUCGCUGGGAUCUAUGUCAUCCGUGUUGUGAGUGCCAACCCGGCUGCCGAGGAGAAGUAUAUUCGCCGGGCAUUUGAGAUUCUCGUGCAGACGACAGAGGAGGUACUCAAGCGGGAGUAAAAGUAGACGGUAUUGGUAUCUUGUAUAGAUGUAGUAUUAGGUUGGAUAAUCGUCAUGACUCAAGCAAUUGUAUAUCACGAUCUGUC